GGAGAUGGAUUUUAUUUCUGAACACUUGCUCGCCAUCCCCAUCUUUUUUUUUUUUUCGCUUAGUGGUUCAGAUCUCCCAGCUGGUUUCAGAUUGUGAAUGGCUAAUAACCUAAACUAAUUUCUGAGGUCUUCACCCCUCCCCCAAACGCCAUUCGCUUUUCGCUGUACUGUCUGCUGUGUGACUACAGCUGGUGCCUCCCCAGCAGGCUGCAGGGACUGAGUGUGCAUGUGGGUGGAGGUGGGGAGUGGAGCACAGGAGAGCCAGUCAAGGGAAGGGUUAAACUAAUUGUAGCUGUCACUGAAUCCCCGGAUGCUGAUGUAAGGAGAGAGAGAGAAAGAGAGAGAGAGAGGGAGAAAAAGAGAGAGCAUCCUUCACAUUACAGAGGAGGAAGAGAGAGAGAAAGAGAUUACAGAAGAAAAGCCUGUAAGGAGGGGGCUGGAAUACAUCAUCAAGAACAGCAUCAGCAGCAGCCUGAAGAUCCGAUCUGCAUCCAGCAGUAUCCAGGGCUGCCUUCCUCCUGAUGAUGCUGGUACCAGGAGUGUAGCUUCCCCUCCACCCUCCCCCUUCCUCUCUCUCCCCACUCCCCCCCUCCCCCUUGGAUGCAUCAGCAAAGAGGAGCACAGAUCAAUUUCCCCCUUCUACCCCCCCAUUAAAAAAAAAAAAAAAAAGAAAAAAAAAGAAGAGAACUCGUAGUAAAAAAAUUUACAAGAAAAAAAAAAAUAGAAGGGGAUCCUUGAAGAAGAGUGGCAGGGAAGAGGACAGUCCACCCUCUGCACUGUCUUUCCCCCCCCUGCUCUUUUGUUCUAGCCUGGGAGAAAAGGACAGGCCUGUAUUAUAUAUUUUUAUUUUUUUUAAAGAAGGGGGAUCUUAUUCAGGAACCAUGUCCAGUGGCAAGGAGGCAGGUGGAAUUCAUCCUUACCAGCAACAGCAACAUGCCCAAUACGUUGGACCCUACAGACUGGAAAAGACUCUUGGCAAAGGACAGACAGGUUUGGUUAAACUAGGUGUACACUGCAUAACGGGACAGAAAGUGGCAAUAAAGAUUGUAAACCGAGAAAAGCUUUCAGAGUCUGUCUUAAUGAAGGUGGAAAGAGAGAUUGCUAUCCUGAAGCUGAUUGAGCAUCCCCACGUUCUCAAGCUGCAUGAUGUCUAUGAAAAUAAGAAAUAUUUAUACUUGGUGCUUGAACAUGUAUCCGGUGGAGAGCUUUUUGACUACCUGGUUAAAAAGGGGCGACUAACUCCAAAGGAGGCUCGAAAAUUCUUUCGACAAAUCAUAUCUGCUUUAGAUUUCUGUCACAGCUACUCCAUAUGCCACAGAGACUUGAAGCCGGAAAACUUAUUGUUAGAUGAGAAAAACAACAUAAGAAUAGCAGAUUUUGGAAUGGCGUCACUGCAGGUCGGCGACAGUUUACUAGAGACCAGCUGUGGGUCUCCUCACUAUGCAUGCCCUGAGGUGAUCAAGGGUGAGAAGUAUGACGGGCGUAGGGCCGAUGUGUGGAGCUGUGGAGUUAUCCUAUUUGCUCUCCUAGUGGGAGCGUUGCCAUUUGAUGAUGAUAACUUGCGCCAGCUUUUAGAAAAAGUGAAGCGAGGUGUAUUUCACAUGCCACAUUUUAUCCCACCGGACUGUCAGAACCUGCUGCGAGGCAUGAUCGAAGUGGAACCAGAGAAAAGGCUUAGUCUAGAUCAGAUCCAGAAGCAUUCGUGGUAUUUCAUCCCCGGAGAAAGCCAAGGGAGCAAAAAUGAACCCGAGCCUGAACAACCCACUCCCCGAAAAGUGUCCAUCAGAAGGAUUCUCUCAGUAAGUGAGUUUGACCCAGACGUCCUGGACAGCAUGCAUUCCCUGGGCUGCUUCAGGGAUAAAACCAAACUCAAACAGGAACUUCAGAAUGAAGAGGAAAACCAGGAGAAGAUGAUUUAUUACCUUCUACUUGACCGCAAAGAAAGAUAUCCAAGCUGUGAGGAUGAAGAUCUCCCUCCUCGAAAUGACAUAGACCCUCCACGUAAAAGAGUUGAUUCUCCAAUGCUAAAUCGCCAUGGAAAGCGCCGUCCAGAAAGAAAGUCAAUGGAAGUUUUAAGUGUGACAGAUGGGGGUUCUCCUGUUCCUGCACGACGAGCUAUUGAGAUGGCACAGCACAGUCAAAGGUCCAGGUCUGUCAGUGGUGCAUCAACUGGCCUGUCAUCUAGCCCUCUCAGCAGUCCAAGGAGUCCCGUUUUCACUUUCUCCCCCACACCGCUGGAAGCCGCUGAUGGGGAGGAUCCCCGUGCCAUCUGGCAAUCCAAAGCUGCUCACCGUCAGCCUGACCCGAAGACCCAGACACUGCCUGCUAAGACCAGCCUGGGAGAGAAGCCCCUCCACACCAUUAAAUCCAAUCCCUUACCCAUUACCAUGACUGCCUCCUCCCCACUGCAUGACUCCUCAACUUCACCUCAUCGCUCCCCUUUAUCCCCACCUUUCUUCCCUUCCUCACUGCCUGCUCGUUUUUUCCCUGGUACUAAAUCCACCACCAAAUCUAUCCCUUUGCCGCAGGUUACCCCUCACCCUUCUCCCCGAGGCAGCCCCCUCCCUACCCCGCUGGGCACCCCAGUACAUACGCCCAAGGACAGUCCGACUGGGACACCCAGUGGCACCCCUCCCUCCAGUCCUGGUGUUGGUGGAGUGGCUUGGAAGACACGGCUCAACUCUAUCAAGAAUAGUUUUCUGGGAUCCCCACGCUUCCAUCGUCGGAAAUUGCAAGUACCGACUCCCGAAGAAAUGUCAAGUCUUACUCCAGAAUCAUCACCAGAGCUUGCAAAGAAGUCUUGGUUUGGUAAUUUCAUUAAUUUAGAUAAAGAAGAACAGAUAUUUGUAGUAAUCAAAGACAAACCUCUCAGCUCUAUAAAGGCCGAUAUCGUCCAUGCUUUCCUCUCAAUCCCAAGCUUAAGUCACAGCGUGAUAUCUCAGACCAGCUUCAGAGCGGAGUACAAGUCAUCAGGGGGUCCAUCUGUGUUCCAAAAACCUGUCAAAUUUCAGGUGGACAUCAGUUACUCCGAGGGAGCUGAAGCACAAAAAGAGAAUGGCAUCUACUCUGUGACCUUCACUCUAAUAUCAGGUCCCAGUCGCAGAUUUAAGAGAGUUGUAGAAACUAUUCAGGCACAGCUGCUGAGCACACAUGACCAGCCUUCAGUUCAGGCCCUAGCAGGAGCAAAUAUAACAGCAAGAACCCAGAUGGAGUGUUCCCUGGAUCACCUUCUCUUCUCGCCACCAGAUGAGAAGAAUGGACAUCAAAGCCGACCGCCAGGCACUCCAACCAGAAGCUGCCAGAACUCACGGCGCUCUGAGCCUGACAUGGCAGAGCACCAUCGGCGGGGAUCCUCCAAAGACAAGAAACUUUUGGCUUCCAACGGAACGCAAACACAGCCAUGACCUUUGGGGAACACUUGGUGUCAGGACAUACUGACACAGAUCUGAUCGAACACUACAAAUAUGAACAAAAUGAUGCAAGAGAAGGCAGCGCCCUGAUGUCUGAGAGAAAACUUCUAUGGAUAUGCUUACAUAUAGGUACACAGACAUAUAUCCUAUCCUAUCCCAGGUGUACACACAUACACACACACUUCCACGUGUGCCAGAAUAUAGACUGUUACGCAUACCCAAGUUUCGACAAAUUGGUCAUUGAUACACAAACAUGUACAAUUGCACGAACAUACAGAGCAAUGAGCACAUACACCGCAAAAGAGCAAGAGAGCAAGACACAGGAGCUACUUGUUGGCAUUACUGUGAAGAUGUAAAUAUUUCCAAAAAAUCAAAAAUAAGAAAAAAAAAUCGGGAAACAGCAAAUGGAAAUCAAGAAAAUAAAACAGAAGGAUACAAAAUCUAUGAAGAAACUGAAAUUCUUCAUUAAUAUGUUUAUUUUAUUUUUUUUAAUAUAUUUAUUUAUUUAUUUGGAAUCCA